AUAGGAAAGAUAGAUUUGAGUUUGAGUUCCUGUAAACUUAGGAGAUUCAAUGACUGUAUAUAUAUCUGAAUCCUCUAUGAAUGAAAUACACAAGAAAAACAAACCAGAAAAGCUCUGGUUUUACAGUAACCAACAGAUCCAGAGUGCUAUUUAAACUGACCCACUUGUCUUCUCUUCCCAGGUGUCCAGCCAUGGAAUCCUUCUAUGACCCCAUUACUCUCACAUUCACAGCUUUUGCUAUGCUUCUUUGUCUCUUUACACUCAAAAUCUUCGCCACCAAAACACCACCGGAGGAACAGAAAAAGCGACGCCACCCAAUUGCAGGCACCAUCUUCAACCAGUUACUCAACUUCAGUAGAUUACACCACUACAUGACUGAACUUGCUUCCAAGUAUGGAACUUACCGGCUAAGUCGUCUAUCUCGAAGUGAGAUUUAUACUGCAGACCCAGCAAAUGUUGAAUACAUCCUCAAAACCAACUUCGCUAACUAUGGGAAGGGAAAGCAUAACAAUGAGAUUUUGCGGGAUCUCCUUGGUGAUGGAAUCUUUGCGGUUGAUGGUGAGAAGUGGCGACAGCAGAGAAAGCUAUCAAGUUACGAGUUCUCAAGUAGUAAUUUGAGGGGCUUCAGCAGCACUGUCUUCCGGAGGAAUGCUGCCAAUCUUGCCAAGAUACUCCUCCAGGCUGCAACUUCCGGCCUGUCAUUUGAUAUUCAGGAUCUGUUCAUGAAAUCAACACUAGACUCCAUAUUCAAAGUUGGAUUCGGAGUAGAACUCGACAGCAGCGGUGGAUCAACUGAUGGAACCAUGUUCGCCAAGGCAUUCGAUGAUUCAAGCGCACUAACCUUGUGGCGCUAUGUCGAUGUUUUCUGGAAGAUGAAGAAGUUUCUGAAUGUCGGAAGUGAAGCAGAACUGAGGGAAAAUGUGAAGAUGAUUGACAAAUUCGUAUACAGGCUAAUCAGUUACAAGAUCCAACAGRAACAAAACUGCAACACUACUACUGGUUCACAUCAGAUGAAGAAACAAGACAUCUUAUCCAGAUUCCUGGAACUAAACGAGACAGAUCCAAAGUACUUGAGGGAUAUAAUUAUGAAUUUCAUAAUUGCAGGCAGAGACACAACAGCAACCACUCUUUCCUGGUUCUUUUACAUGCUUUGCAAGCAUCCUUACAUACAAGAAAAGAUUGCACAAGAAGUUCAGGAAGCAAUCAAAGAAAAAGAUACAUCUUCUUAUGAUGAGUUAGCAGACAACCUGAACGACGAAUCCCUUGGCAAGAUGCACUAUCUACAUGCUGCCAUUUCAGAGACCCUCAGACUCUAUCCUGCUAUUCCUGUGGAUAUGAAAGUUUGCUUCUCAGAUGAUACCCUUCCAGACGGAUUCAAUGUGAAGAAAGGGGACAUGGUGGCCUAUCAACCAUAUGCCAUGGGCAGAAUGAAAUCCAUCUGGGGUGAUGAUGCUGAGGUUUUCCGACCAGAAAGAUGGCUCAAUGAGAGUGGUCUUUUCCGGCAGGAAAGCCAAUUUAAGUUCACAGCUUUCCAGGCUGGGCCAAGAAUUUGUCUGGGAAAAGACUUCGCAUACAGACAGAUGAAGAUAUUUUCAGCUCUGUUGUUAAGUUCUUUUGUGUUCAGGCUAAGCGACGACCAGAAAGAAGUUGGUUACAGAACCAUGAUCACUCUUAAUAUUGAUGGAGGACUACAUCUGCAAGUCUCACACAGAUUGGGCUGUGAACACAAAAUAUAUGCUUAAUUAGCGUCUCCUUAAUAGUUUGCUCAUUGCUGUAAUUUUAGGUAGGUUACUUUUGCAACUUUUAAAUUAUAACUAGGUUACAGAACCACCAACCCAGACGGUUGAAUCGGCGAACCAGACGAUCUGAUUAGCGGGUGACGGCUUGGAUUUCGGUUUUUUUUUGUUUCUUUUUUUUUUUGCAUUACAAAUUUUAGGCAUAAUAUUUUGAAAAUGACCAUCUUGUUCCAAACUCCCAGCUUAAGCCAGAUCCCUCUUUCAUUUUA